GGACAUGACGUGCAAGAAGCUAAGUGAUGACUAUCGGCUUGCAGGCGUUUCCUUUCCAAAUUGUUAAGCGAGAGUUUGAAAAAGUGCAAGUGGAAGUGUAAAGUCGUGUCUGUGUAGUGUUCUAACUGUGUAUUCAAGAUGAUGACCUUAUAUAGGACCAUUAAAGGUACAAGCACAUCGAAACGAAAAAGGCGCGAAAGGAGCCUAGGACCAUUUGAGUUGGCGACGGGUGGCGAGAUGGUGUCUAGACGGCGGAUAUUGUCACGUUCACGUGACGACCUCUCACAGGCGCUUGCGCAAGAGGAAGAGGAAGAUGUGUGGUAUCAAAAGGAUAAACUUUAUAAGGAACACAUACAGGAAGUUUUAGACAAAUGGACACAAAUAGACGACGAAAUUUGGGCUAAAGUGAUAGUUUUCGAAAAGAAUCGUCGUGUUGCGAAAGCCUACGCGCGUGCGCCAGUCCUCACUAUCAACGGAUCUGAUGAUGGAUUUGAUGGAAUGAGAAUUGGUCUUUGCGGAUUCGACAACCCACACAGAGAUCAGAAAACGGAUGAACUGAAAAAACACAUAGGCCAGGGUGUUAAAAUAAAAAUGGACGACGCGGGUAAUAUACUCAUCAGGCGCUAUUCGAAAAGUAGCGUGUUUGUGAAGAGUACAGCCGCCACAAGCAACGAGGAAACUGCAAUAGGCCAGGAUGUAUUGAAAUUACCUGGCUAUGGGCUAGAACAAGAGAAAAUCUUUAAGCUAUUCGACAUGAAAAAAUUUCAAUCAAACGUGAAUCGGGAGCUGCGCCGCUCGUAUCCAGACAGACGGCGUCUGGAGACACAAUGCCUCAGCGCAGUGGCUUUUGUGAAGUCAGACAACGACCUUCUAGAAUGUCCCAUCUGGGCCCUGGUCAUCAAUGUUGUUGCUAUGGACAUGCUCAAGUCUAAGUUACCCCCAGUUCAAAGACCAUUGGACAUUAAGAACCGGCCGCGUAUCCCGAUUCCUGAUGAGGAUCCCUACAGUAUCGCCAGUUCCAAUGCUAACGGAUCUGGAUCGAGUGGUAGUUCCGGUGGCUAUGGACACAACGGGCAUAAUGGUCAUCUAACCACAAACGGGCACAACGGCCAUGGUGUUGUAGCCGCCACCCGGGAGCAGCUCAUGAUGCAAAUGGGGCAGAGGAGAGAGAAGCCACCGAAGUUGCCGCCGAGGGAAAAUGGAUAUGGUCCAGCUGAUAUUCCUAAACCGGAUUACGAUGACAUCGAUGAUCGUGUACCUACGCAGUUCCCAAGGGGCAAGUCUGAUAAAGGAAAGGAUAACAAAAAAUAUGAUGACCCCUACUACUGUGGUCUCCGCGCUCGUGUUCCAAACUUUGUGAAGACGAACGGCAAGCACGUCCUGCCAGCGAUGACUGAGCGGCUCACCCUGAAGGAGACACCCGUGCCGAGCAAGCGCUACAGCGUGGCCCACGCGCACCCGGGCCCGUUCCCGGCUCACUUACCGUUCGCCCCAAUGCCACAAGCUGCCCUUUGGCACGCACGUUCCUACGACAACGGAAUCGACGGUGAUCACUACGACCCAUAUGCGUUGUACGGCCGCCUUCCAAUGCCAGGGCGGGGAUUUCCACCGCCACCGGCGCCCAACGCUCGCCACAUGUUCAUAGAAGAGUGGGACUAAAACAACCACAGUGGGGAAUUGGCCCACACCGGGCCACACUGAGAAGUCCUUAAAUUUUUAUAUUAAUAAAAAUUGAAGAGCUAAAAAUAAAAACAUGUCUCAAAGUCUACAGUAAUUUGAAAAUGGAAUCUAUAAGGGAGUUAACACUCAACAAUGUUGCCAGAUUAGCAAUUUUACCCAUACUGGACUAAAAAUGUUUGAUAUUUUCUUGAUAUCAAUGAAAUUUUUCAUAUAGGCUCCCUAAGUGUUACAAAAGUAGCAUUGUAAAUAUUUGAUAUUUGUAAAUUAUAAUUAUCCUAAAAUUAGUUUGGUUUAGUGUUAUUUUAUUAACAUUUGUACUUAAUAAAUAUAAACUCGAAUUUUAAAUCACUGCCACUUAUUUAACGUAUUCGUGUUCAUUGUAAAGUAUCGAUAGCAGUUGGACAGAUAAUCGGUAGUGCUACUCUGUAAAAACCAUUUUCAAUCAUUCACACAGUAAUUGGAAUUAUCAUUUUAUGAAGUGUCAAUUCCAAUACUUAUGACGUCAUCUAACGACAUUAUGGAGUAGGCCUGCGGACUAACUAUUAUAAUUCGAAUUGUGUCAAUCCUAGUCAGUACAAGGUUGGGAUGAAGUUGACAUUUAAAAUUAUUAUAUUAAUUUUUAAAUUUAUUUUCGUCUUCAAAUUUCUUAAUUCUGUAAAUAAUUUUUAACUUUAAUCUAUGUAGUUCUAUUUGUUCCUUAUAAGGCGAUCUACUUUUACCCUUUCAUUAUCAAGUAAUGUAUGUAAGUAGGUAUAAAUACUCAAUUAUUUUAAUAUUAUCUUACUUUUAGCUGUAUAUUAGUGUUAUAUCGGUAGAAUAUAUUAUUGACAAUUUAGACUUAAAUUUAUCAUCAAAAUUCUGCUUUGCCGGUGCUAGACAGGUUACCAUUUUACGAAUAUAAUUUAUAAAUAUAAACCUAUUUUGACUGGAUUAUUUAUUUAUCUGAAUCGCAAAUUCUGUUAGAAUGGAAAUUUUUAUAUUUAUUAUAUACUAUCGCCAUCGCUGUAGGCAUGACUAUUUAAUUAGUUAAGUAAUAAGCGUGCUGGAGAGUUUCAAUAAAACCCCUUUUGUAUCUUGGGUGUUAAUUGAAUAACAUAUUUAAGUAAAAUUUGUAUGAUUUAAAUAUACAAUUAUAUU